AUGGCUUGCCAUCAAAGGUCGGCAAGCUUGCCUUCCAGUCCUUGCUCAAACGAAGCCAAAGUUGAGCAGCAGCUGCAGACUGUAAGCACAGUCAUCUCUUCACCCUCAGCAUCCAUUGACACGAUGUGUGAUGGACUGAAGAAGCUCGGAGAUAUCUACAGCUGCAUUGAAGAGCUGAUUUGCACACCCAGCAACCAGGUCAGCCUCUGCCAGAGGCUGCAAAGGAAGUUGGUGGAGGAAGAGCUUGGACGGUCACUUGUCUUGCUUGACCUCUGCAAUUCCAUGCAAGAAAGCUUCAUGGAGCUGAGGAUGAGCGUACAAGAGAUACUGUUGGCCAUCAAGAGAGGAGAAGAUGCGUCUGUUCAAGUCAAGGCAUACAUCCGGCUAGCCAUGAGGGCGCGGAAACAAUUCAAGAAGGCCAGCAAAAAGACUACUUCUGACAAGAUGGAUUGUAGGGUGGUGAAUCUGUUGGCAGAAGCAAGAGAGAUCACCAUCUCAUUGCUUGAAUCUACAUCCUAUCUCCUGUCGAAGAAAAUUGAGACUCCCAAGUGGUCCCUUGUCUCCAGAACAUUCCAGAAGAGCAAAGUCAUGUGCGGAGAGGAGAAAUUGCAGGAAUUGGAGCUCACUAUCAGAGAUCUUGAGAGUGGAGCAGAACUUCUGUUCAGAAGAUUGAUCCAGAGCAGAGUUUCUCUUCUGAAUGCUCUGAGCUCAUAGGCAACCGGAGCUCCAAUCCUCCUGUGAUAGGCCUCCACUUUUUAAAGGAUCAGUCCAUCACAACAAUUUUGCGAUAUGUACACAAA